AUUUAUAUAAUGGAUUAGGGCACCUUUAAAGCACCAAAAGUUAAAUUAACUGAUUACGAAAUCCUUUAAACUCUGGGAACAGGAUCCUUCGGAAGAGUGAGGUUGGCAAAACACAAAUAAAAUGGUGAAUACGUAGCUCUGAAAAUGCUAAAAAAAGCUGAAAUUUUAAGACUUAAAUAAGUAGAUCACAUCAUAUCAGAGAAUACUAUUCUUUCUAAUAUAAGCCAUCCAUUUUUAGUAUGAUGUUAUUAUAGAUUAGAUAAAAAUGCUUGGAUUUACUCAGGAUGAGAGAUAUCUCUAUUUUCUUUUAGAAUAUGUUUAAGGAGGGGAGUUGUUUACGUAUCUCAGAAAUAAGGGUAAACUGGAAAAUGAAGAGGCUUAGUAAUUAUUCAAAUAAAUUAGAUUUUAUGCAUCUCAAGUAGUGUUGAUGUUUGAAUAUCUUCAUACCAAAAAUAUUGUUUAUAGAGAUCUUAAACCUGAAAAUCUUCUCAUUGGAUCAGAUGGUUACCUCAAAUUAACUGAUUUUGGAUUUGCCAAAUUUAUAGAUUCUAGAACUUAUACUCUGUGUGGAACACCAGAAUACUUAGCUCCUGAGAUUCUCCUUAAUAAAGGUAUAGAUUCAACUUACUAAAAUAAGGACACGGGAAACCAGUUGAUUGGUGGUGUCUGGGCAUUUUAAUAUAUGAAAUGUUAGCUGGAAUAGAUCCAUUUAAUGAUGAAGAUCCUAUGGCAAUUUACUAAAAAAUAUUAAAAGGAAAGGUGAAGUUUCCAAGGAAUUUCGACAAGUAUAUUUUUAUAUAUAUCCAUAUAGGGAAGCAAAAAGUCUGGUAAAACAUUUUUUGGUAGCUGAUUUGACAAAAAGAUACGGAAAUUCUAAAGGAGGAACAAAUGAAAUAAAAGCUCACAGAUGGUUUUAAAGUUUAGAUUGGGAAUUUCUACUUUAAAAGAAACUACAACCAAAAUAUAAACCAGUUGUAAAGUAAAUAUAUUUCUAAUCCUUCAAGAAAUAAGGGUGACACUUCAAACUAUUCCACAUAUCCUGAUAGUACAGAAUUACCUAAACCAGUAAAACCAACUGAUGACCCAUUUAUUAAUUGGUGA